AACUGUUCUCCAUAAAGCCAAGGACAGAUCUCUCAUGAUACUUAUCACACUAGGCUCAUUAAGGCACUGACUGAAAACCCCUGAACUACCGGAUCUUUCUUUGCUCUGAAUCAGAAAGAAAAAAAUGGCAUCCACUUAUUUAUCCAACUUUUCAGAAGCUGAUUCAAUACAUCAAGGCUCAGUAAAUGAUCACAUUAUGCCAAGAAUAGGGUAUACCAUCUUGGCAAUCAUUUUGGCUUUGUCCUCCACGUUUAGCAUUAUCUUGAAUGUGACAGUGAUUAUUGUAACACUACGGUACAAACAACUGCGUCAGCCACUAAACUAUGCUCUGGUUAAUCUAGCAGUGGCUGAUCUUGGUUGCGCUAUCUUGGGGGGGCUGCUUACGGCAGUCACCAAUGCCAUGGGCUACUUCAGUCUUGGCAGGGUAGGUUGUGUUUUGGAAGGUUUUGGAGUUGCCUUUUUUGGUAUUGCUGGGUUAUGCUCAAUCGCAGUGAUUGCUGUUGACCGCUACAUGGUGGUAUGCAGACCACUGGGCACAGUAAUGUUUCAAACCAAACAUGCCCUGGCAGGUGUGGUCUUUUCCUGGGUCUGGUCCUUCAUUUGGAAUACACCGCCACUGUUUGGAUGGGGCAGUUACCAACUAGAGGGUGUGAUGACCUCUUGUGCUCCCAACUGGUACAGCAGAGAUCCAGUCAAUGUCUCCUUCAUCUUGUGCUACUUCAUGCUCUGUUUUGCUCUGCCUUUUGCUACCAUUGUGUUCUCUUACAUGCGCCUUCUUUAUACUUUACGACAGGUGGCUAAGCUGCAAAUAGCAGAAAGUGGAAGCACUGCCAAGGCAGAGGUUCAGGUGGCCCGUAUGGUGGUUAUCAUGGUCAUGGCUUUUUUGCUUACAUGGCUGCCAUAUGCAGCAUUUGCCCUGACUGUGAUCAUUGAUUCCAAUAUCCACAUCAACCCAAUAAUUGCCUCAAUACCUGCCUACCUGACCAAAACCAGCACUGUCUUCAAUCCUAUCAUUUAUAUAUUCAUGAACAGACAAUUUAGGGACUAUGCUUUGCCCUACCUGUUAUGUGGGAAAAACCCUUGGGCAUCCAAAGAAGGAGGGGAAUCAGAUGCUAAUACAUUAUCUACUACAGUCAGCAAGAGCAGCUCAGUGUCACCAUCAUAACCAUCAUAAGAUCAUAACCAAAAAAAAAAAAUGUUUCCAAUACUCAAAUAUUCUCUCUUUGUGCAAAAUGUUUGCAAAUAUGUGGCAUUGUAAUUUAUAUUGGUAUUUAUUUCAGCUGGAAAUUUUAUUUACGCUAAAUAGCUUAAUUUCCAGACAUAGUUUCCAAGGUAGGUUUGGAUUCAUAGAAUACAAAAUAUAUAUUUUUGUAAGCUUUCCCUGCUGUACUGUAACAUUGGCAAAUAAAGCAUGAUUAGAAUCCUUUA